AUGCAUCGUCUUUUUACUGAGCUGAAGCCAUCUAUUACUGUCACCGAGCAAAACCUGGCAGACCGAGUUCGGUAUAUCUUACGCUCAAAUAUAUUUGAUGACGCCGAACUCGAACGGCUACGACGUGAGGCUGUUCCCUCAUCAAAUGAAAACGCUACGACUGGGGGUGCGGUGCCACAAGUUGCAGAACAACCCGCACACGUGGAUGCCGCCGAUAAUAUCCAGUGGUUGCUGAUUCGAAUGAUGAUGGAACAUUCACCCAGGAACUAG